CAACUGUCACUUCGAUGUCAAAACAGUGGAAACAGAUUUCUGUAUUUCUCUCGUUUAUAAACAAAUCUGUGAAUUACACAAAUCCGUGCAAUAAAAAUGGACUGGCAACCGAUUAUCGUUGAUGGCAGAAACGAAACGUUUCUGGUUUCUAUCAUCAAUCGGUCUAAUGACAAUUUCCAGUUCAAUUUGACCAAUCUGAAGGAAUUGUGGAAUGAGAAAGUUGAAUGGCAGGCAAUUCUUAAAAGGGCCAAAGACGAAAAUCCGAUCAUGAACGUCACCGAAAAAGAAAGCGCAGUGGAACGGACGAUCUUUUCGCCAGCCAAACAUUACCAAACAUGCACCAGCACGAACGGUACGGAACUGAUGCUCAAGACAAAACAUUACAUCAGUGCCGUUCCGUUUCACUUUCAAUGGAAAUUAACGAAAAGCGGUGCCGAUGUGUUCUACGAAGAAAUUACCAGAAAAUUGCUAGUCAGUCUACUGAACGUGCAGGACCAGCGAACUGAAUUGUUCGAAGUCAUCAAACGAAAAGACGCAGAAAUCGCUCAAUACAAGAUUGAGGGAGCUGUGUUAGCCCGAAGACAACUGGCAACUCAACCGUUCCUCAAAUCUGAAUUUGAUGGAAAAUUUGAACUGAUGUCCGAUUCGAGUUUGUUCGCCGGCGACAACAAUACCAAUACAAUCAAAACGAUGUGCAAUUACAGUGAUCUAAUCAAAGGCAGCAGUGCAGCCACGGCUAACGUACCGGAAAAACCGAGUCCGUCAAAAAUUUUCAAACAUCAGAAGAAGAAGGAAGAGAACGCCAUGAGGAAAUUCCAGACUAAACGGGAGUGCAAGAUUCAGUACGAAAGUUCGUGUGAACUGCUGAUUUCCGAUGACGAAAUGGAGCAGAACGGGAAUGUCAAGUCUGAUGACAUUCGAACAGAUGCAAUUGUAGAUUCCAUGCAACGCAAAGAGGCUCCGAAACGGAAAUUAAGAUCGAAAUUGAAUUUAUAAAUGAUCGAAUGAUAUGGGGGGUGUCGGCUUUCUAUGCUGCAACUUUUGAGUUGUGAGUGCAAUUUGUGAUACGAAAUAAAAAGAAAUUUUUUGAACCAUGA